AUUCACCAUACAUUGUUUGUAAAUAUACAGGCGAACCAAAGGACCUUUCAAUUUUUCUAUUACGGGCAAAGCCGUGCGGGUACCACCAGUAAUAAAUAUAGUUUGGUGGAAAUCGUGUGCUGUUUCUCAAACUCCAAUCCAGUAAAAUUCAUGAUGGAGUAAGAAUUUAGGACAUUGAAUCCAAAUGUCCCGUACCUGCAACAAGUUAAAAAUGUUGAGAUUUAAUAAUUAUCUUUCAUUUAAUUUGGAGGUUUUCUAGUCCAGACAUCAUUCAGAUAAGAUUUCCUGUGUGGGAAAGUGAUCGAGAGCCCUCUCGCUUUCAGUUUAAACAGAACGUGAAUCUCUCUCUCUCUCUCUUCCAGGAGACGCCCGCCGGAGGACGGAGAUGCGUCGGAGACGGACUGGAAAGGGCGGACCGCGUUGCAUCAUGCAGCAAUGGACGGAGACACGGAGAGGAUCAGGGAGCUGCUGGAAGGAGGAUGGAACACGAGGGCGAGGGAUAUGGAUGGAAGGACGCCCCUCCACAUGGCUCUGGCAAGUGGGAAGGAGGCCGCGGCGGAGGUGCUGGCGGACGCGGACUGCAUCACGGAUGUGGUGGAUUCCUACAGGUGGACCCCUCUGCAUGUCGCUGCACUGAGUGGGUUCGUGAAUGUAGUUCGUAUCCUGCUCGCGGGGGGUGCAGACGCAAGUGCGAAAGACAGAGAGGGAUGGACGCCCCUCCAUCUUGCCGUGAUCUCUAGGAGGGAGGCCGCGGCGGAGGUAAUCCUGGAGGCCGCCCCCGAAUGCGACGGGCCGGACAGUAUUGGCUGCACCCCCCUGCACUUCGCUGCGAGAAAAGGUCUCCCGCGGAUAGUUCAAUCUUUGCUGUCGAGGGGUGCGCGUUUGAAGCUUAAAGAUGGAGGUGGACACUGUCCCCUGUACGAUGCCCUGCGGUGUAAACAAGACGGUGUGGCGAGAGUGCUGCUGGCGACCUACGCGUGGAGGGACAGCGAGAUACAUUGGGAGGAGAUGGAACUCCCGAAGGAGGACGAGGAGCGCGGCGUCCGGCUGCUCUCCGAGUGCGAGGCAGAGAUGAGGGAUGCCCGGGUGGAGGGGUCCCGCCUCUCCCUCCGCGACCUCGCCCGCCGACCCCCCUCCCGCCUGGCCCGGCGCCUCUCCGACGAGGCGAUCCGGCGGCUCUCGGACCGGGACCUCCUGGCGCGGGACUUCCCGCUCUUCGGCGACCUCCUCCUCGUCCGGCUGGGGGAGGUCCGGGAGAGGAGGGCCCUGGAGGACCGCUUCCUGCGCUGCUUCCCCCUCCUCUGCCGGCCCCUGCCCCCCACCUGCACCGACGUCCUCCUCGCGUGCCUGGCGGACGACGACCUGAGGCACUUCGCCCGGGCCGCGGAGCUCUAGUCCCCGGCGAAAAAGAAAAUAAAGAUCAGGACUUGAACUGUAUGAAUCUUUUGUUUUUGAGUGUGCCCGAGAUAGUUGACUGAACUUUAUCUGCUGUUUUCGUAAACAAACCCGUUUGUCUUGUCAAGAUGAUUAUUCUGAGAAACCUUUCAAAUAGCUUUGUACAUCAUGUGCGAAAUGCUUUGUGUGUAUGAAUCACGUAAUAAAAGGAAUA